AUGAUCGUCACAAAGAUCCUCCCCGUUCUCGCGGCUGUCGGCUCUGCCGUCGCCCAGUCCAGCUGCAAGGCGACGACGACGACUGUCGCUAGCCAGGCUGAAGCCACCAAGAUCGCCUCUUGCAAGAAGUUCGAGGGCUCCGUUGUCGUCACCGGCGAUGGCGGCAUUGAUCUCUCUGGUCCCAGCGAGAUUACUGGCGACCUCAAGGUCUUCAACAUCAGCAACCUCGACUACAUCACCAGCAGCACGCUCAGGAAGGUCGGCGGAAAGUUCACGCUGCAGGCCCUCGAGAAGCUCAACCGCGUCGAAUUCCCCAGCCUGACCGAGGUCGGCUCGCUCACCUUCCAGGCGCUGCCCGCCCUGGACGCCGUCACCCUGGGUCCCCUCUCCAAGGCCGACGAGGUCGCCAUCAGCGAUACUUUCACCUCCCGCGUCGACAUGAUCAACGUCACCACCAUCCGCUCCCUCGACAUCAACAACAACAAGCGCCUGACCAGCUUCGUCAGCGCCCUGCAGACCGUCACUGGCGCUCUUAAGAUCUCCGCCAACGGCAUUGGUCUCGGUCUCGAGGUCGAGCUGCCCAACCUGAUCUGGGCCAACGAACUCGCUAUUGCCAACGUCACCACCUUCGACGUCCCCUCGCUGCGGGUCGUCAACGGCUCGGCUCGCUUCGAUUCUAACUUCUUUGAGUCCUUCAUCGCCCCCAACCUGACCCACACCGAGAAGGGCGACAUCUCGUUCGUUGGCAACGGUGCUCUGACCAACCUGUCCUUCCCUGUCCUCACUGAGCUCGGCGGCGGUCUGCUCAUCGCCAACAACACUGAGCUCGAGGAGAUCGAUGCCUUCCCCAAGCUGCGCAAGGUCGGCGGUGCUGUCAAGCUGCGUGGUAGCUUCAAGGAUGUCGACUUCCCCUCCCUGGAGGUCGUCCUCGGCGCCUUCGACGUCUCUUCGACCGAGGACAUCCGCAAGGUCUGCGACAAGCUGAAAGAGCUGGCCCCGGCUCACCAGGGCGGCAACGGUAAGGUCGAGGGCACCUUCACCUGCACGAGCGACAACGCUGCUGCCAACGAGGACACCGGCGCUGGCUCCACCGGCGACGGCCAGAUUGAUGGUUCCGACGACGAGAGCUCCGCUGCUGGCGUCGUGUUCAACACCGCGCUGUUUGGGCUGGUUGCUGUUGCCGCUGUUGCGUCGGCCUUGUAA